AUGCCUCCCCCACCGUCAUUCGAUUACUAUCGUGAGCUUCAGGUUGACCGCUCUGCAACCUUGGCAGACAUUACAUCCGCAUACCGUCGACUGGCCCGGAUUCAUCAUCCAGACAAGAAUCCCGAUAACCAGCAGGAAGCCACCGCCAUCUUCCAACGACUCCAGCUGGCCCAUGAAACUCUUUCCGACCCUGUAAAGCGUGCGAGGUACGACAGCGGCGAAGAUGAUGUCCUCUACGAAUCAGACUCCUACGAUUCCGACUCAUCUCCAUUCCCGUUCCCCUUUGAAUUCUUCUUCUUCUUUCGCAUGCCACCAGGAGCUAGAAGAGCGGCAGCUCAGGCAGCAGAGAGGCAGCGCCGAGAAGAAGAAGCCGAAAUCAAGCGCGAGGAGCAACGUCAGCGUCAAGAGGCCAAAGAAGCCCGCGAAAAGGAGGCGAAGAUGAAGGAGGCCACCGCGAAGCGUCGCCUCUACGAGGAGGAGUUGAAGAAGCAAGAGAAGCGAUGGGAAGAGAUUGGUGCUGUCUCAAAGGACGAGAAGCUCAAAUCCUGCCUACACUCGGAGCUUUGUGACAAGGUCCAGCACACUAGGAAGUUCAAGUGCACCGCAUGCUCAGUAAAGCGCGGCAUGACCGCGUUUGAGUGUCCUCAUUGCUCUGCUUCUCUUUGUAUGCUGUGUAUCAAAGUCUUUUCCGUGAGACGAAAGAGAAUGGAGGUGAGAGAACAGACGGCAAGGUCCGAUGCCGACGAGAAAUCUCCUGGCGUGAGCGGCGAAAACCUCUCUAACGAGCCUGAUGCCAACGAGCCAAACAUUGGUGGGAUCAACGCCAGUGAGGAAAACGCCAACGAACCCACGGCCGGAACCCCCCCUGCCAAAAAACCCAAGAUGAAGAGCACCAAGACCAAGAGCGCCAACACGGACAGGUCCUCCAAGCAGACUUCCGCCUCAAGCAAGAGCGCCGACAGCCAUGACAACGAACCAGUCCUGAGUGAAGUAAACGAAAAUCAGGCGACACGUCCUUCAAGAGCAUCAGUUGCUUCUGAAAACCCGUACGACAUUCUGACAAGAGACGACAAGGCCCCGGAUGCCAAGGGCUCCGCUCUUCGCAGUCCGAGAGCAGAGCGAACCGGCGGCUACAUUCGAACCUUGAACAAAAUGUCGAUGCCCCCCGCGGCUACUCUGCGUCAGGCGAUGGAGAGGUUCGGGGCCGUGAGGUCUCUGAAGAUCAUCAAUAAGAAAUUCGGCAUCGCCCAUGUUGACUUUCUCACGCACGACGGACUUUGUCAGGCCAUGGCUGCUUCCCACGUACUCGUGAGUGAGACAGUCAACGUCCGUGUGACGGAAUUGAAAACCUGCAACACCUGCGGCAAAGACGGCCACAGUUCGGAGAAAUGCAGGGCCAUGCCGGCAAAGACCGGGGGGGCUGCAUAG